UCCGGUUACGCCGGGAGAGAAACACGCAGUGGUUCACCGCUCCUCCACACACACUUCACCGCAUGUUGUACCACCAUACAGCGCUCUUUUCUGGAGGACCCUGGGCAUUGGGACAUGCCGUGACAAUGGAGAUAGUUCUUCUCUCUCAUGUUGAUAGAUCUCAAGAUCAGAGGCAAUGGAUGAUGAAACAUGCAGAAACUACUUGCUAAUCACUUGCUGAUAAUAUAAAUGAAUGUCAUGUGCCAACACAACACUGGAUACUAUAUGAAGUCAUAAUUAAUGAAUAGCCAAUGAACAGCCUCCAAAGUGAUUUAAACAGAAGCUUAUGGAUCACAGCUAGGGACUUCUAAUGGCUAAACCUCAUUCCGUGAGUUUUUUUCUCUUUUGGGUCAACUGGAGCGCUGUAGAAUGGAGGUCCCAUUCCAGACAUUCUCUCAAGGGUCUGUCACGCUACCUCCAAGGAGAAUGAGCAAUUUUCAACAGAUGGAGAUAUGUGCAUGUCGCUACUGAACUGGUCCAGUGGUUUCUUUGACUGGACAGAUAGCUAAUAGUACCCUGAAGAGGAGGAUAUAACUUGACCCAUGAAGAAGUAUGUGGAUGAGGAGCCAGGCUGCAGUUUAAAGAGAGGGUGAACUGGGAAUAGACAGUAAAGGUUUGAACAAAUAUUGCUUUGUGCACUGCAGCUGGGAAAUAUGAUACGAUAGUCGAGAGACAAAACAGAAACAGUUCUUCAUCUUUAAUAUUAAAGAUGUACACUGGUGGAUUCAACAAAGCUGCUCAGGUGUAGCCAUCUUUUGGCUGAUCUUUGGGUCUCACUUUUAAUGAGACACAGAGAUGCCCCAAAAAUAUUGAACUGCAUCAUCCUAACCACCUUGUUGUUGAGGUUAUCAGUUACAAUGCUUCGGAGGGGUCUACUUGCCUGGCUCUCUCGGGUGGGUGUUCUGUUAGUGGUGAUAUGCUGUUGCCUUUCCCUCCUUUAUGUCAUCACUUGCAGUCCUCACACUGAUGAACCAAUUGCUGGGCAACUCUUGCCUAGGGCUGGAGGUAUUGGGAUAGCAGGUGGAUCAAGCCACCUACGUGGGGUUGGAGGUGCCCUUAUUGGCCCUGCCGGACGGGAAGGGUUCCAGGCCUUGCUACAAGAGCGAGAAGACCAGCACCGGCAGCAUAUUGCCAGCUUGAAGAAACAAAUUGCCCAACUUAAAGAGGCUCUCCAAGAACGCAGCGAACAACUCAAAGGAGUGCAAGACUCUUUAGAGAAGACGGCUGGGAAGGGAACAGGGGGCAGCGUGGCCGAUGAUCACAGUUAUACUGACCUGCAAGAGUUCCUUCGCAGCCAGCUGAGCCAGGCUGAGGUACACACUGGUGUACGACUGCCAAGCGAAUACGCUGUGGUGCCCUUUGAGAGCUUCACCCUACAGCGUGUCUACCAGCUGGAAAUGGGGUUGACCCGCCACCCUGAGGAGAAGCCGGUGCGAAAGGAUCGUAGGGACGAGCUGGGCGAGGUGGUGGAAAGUGCACUGCAUGCCCUUAAUGCCCGAAAUUUAGGAGGAGACAAAAUGAAAGCCAGCAAAGUCUACACACCAUCUGACUUUAUAGAAGGCAUCGCACGCACAGAGAAGGACAAGGGCACACUGUAUGAGCUGACUUUCCGUGGUGAGCAGAAGCAGGAGUUUCGCAGGCUGGUUCUCUUCCGGCCCUUUGGCCCUCUCAUGAAAGUGAAGAGUGAGCUUGUGGAGACAGCCAACAUGCCCAUUAACAUUGUGGUGCCUCUAGCUCAGAGAGCUGACAAAUUCAGACAGUUUAUGCACAAUUUCAGAGAGGUGUGUGUAAAGCAGGACGGGCGGGUGCACCUUACCGUGGUUUAUUUUGGAAAGGACCAGAUGAAUGAGGUCAAACGAACCUUGGAGAACACAUCGAGGGAGCUAAACUUCCGUAACUUCACACUGAUUCAGCUGAAUGAAGAGUUUUCUCGCGGCCGAGGGCUGGACGUGGGUGCUCGUGCCUGGAAGGGAGGGAAUGUCCUACUCUUCUUCUGUGAUGUUGAUAUCUUCUUUACAGCUGACUUCCUGAACACAUGCCGCCUGAAUGCUCAGCCCGGAAAGAAAGUGUUUUACCCAGUUCUCUUCAGCCAGUAUAACCCAGCUGUAAUCUACGGCAGCCAUGAUCACAUCCCCCCUGUGGAACAGCAGCUGAUCAUUAAGAAAGACACUGGCUUCUGGAGGGACUUUGGCUUUGGAAUGACCUGCCAAUACAGAUCGGAUUUCAUCAAUAUUGGUGGUUUCGAUGUGGACAUUAAAGGCUGGGGCGGCGAGGACGUCCAUUUAUACAGGAAAUACCUCCACAGCAAAUUGCUGGUAGUGCGCGCCCCAUCGCGUGGCCUCUUCCAUCUUUGGCACGAGAAACGCUGUGCUGAUGAACUUCCCCCAGACCAGUACAAGAUGUGCAUGCAGUCCAAAGCCAUGAACGAGGCCUCACACGGGCAGCUGGGCAUGCUGCUCUUCCGUCACGAGAUUGAAGCACACCUCCGAAAACAGAAACAAAGAAGCGGAGCCAAAAAAGCUUGAUGCUCUUAAAGGGAUAGUUCACCCAAAAAUUUUAAUUCUGUCAUCAUUUACUCAAACCCUUAUGAAUUUUUUGAUCUGUAAUACACAAAAAGAAAUGUUAGGAAGAAUGUUAGUCUGUCAGCCUAAGCAAGUCAUACGGGUUUUGAACAACGUAAAAGUUAGUGACUGAUGACAGAAUUUUCAUUUCUGACUGAACUAUCCCUUUAAAUCAUAGAUGAGAAAAGGAAGUGUAGAAAUUAAAAAGUGUGGCCUUCAGUGAAGAGCUGGCUUAAGUAAGACUGCACAAAUGCAAAUAUGCGAACCCAAACACUGAGAUAAUCAAGUGACGCCACAGGAACGCAGCAAGAGACAGAUGAGAUAGUCAAGUGCAGAAGAUGGCCUUAAAGUCUUCAUGGACACUUUUGAUUGUUAAAAUGAUCCUUCAUCUGCAGUAUUAUCCAGAUACAGCGCAUGAUGUCUGUAAUACACUUGUGCACUUCAGUGAGAAGUAUCUACUAUGCUAAUAAAUUGCUGUCUUUUGGAAAGCAUUCUGUGCUACUGGAGGUACUGUACGACGCCAACUAUUAAUGGUACGGGAGACUGAGGAGUGUUGGAACACAUUUUGUGUCAACAAUUGUAACUUUGUGCUAUGUAUCACAAACUAUGAUAUAAAAUUCCUUUAUUUAUCUGAUACAAAUUAAAGUAGUUUAAAAAUCUUCUAAUUAUCCCUAAACUGUGUACAUUUAUGGCAAGUUAUGGGUCCAGACCUAGUACUUUGGACAUUAGUGUUACCUCAAGCUAGCAAUUCAGUGUUACUAGAGUGUUAGUACACUAUCAUGCAAAAGCGAGAUGUAUAUUCUCAGUUAAUGCCAUUUUGGCAAAGUAUUGGUUAUUUUAUGAGAUUACAUGACUUUUGUCUCUUAGAUAAGCUUUCUCAAAGAGUAAAAUUGGUUAAAAUGGGCUUGACUGUGCCCCAUGUUGGAAAACAGAAUAGUAGACAGAAAAUGCCUUAUUGCUUUUUGACGUAAAGUAGUUUGUACAGCUGAAUUGUUAGUUUCUCAGUCAGUAAGAGAAAGACUAUAAGGGCCUUAAUGUAUGUAUUUAAAAGUGACAACUGUGCUAACAGUUAUUAUGACGACUGGUUCAAAGAAUUGCAGUGAUAAUUGCUAUUUUUAGUUUUGUUUUGAAAGUUACCCUUCUUUUGAUUUAUUGAAGAUGUGGCGCCAUCUACUGGUGCCGUGUAUUAAAAUGACUUGUGACCGCAUGGUCUUAUCCAUAACACAACAUUUAUUUAUAACUGGUCAGACAAGCAUUGGAAAUAUAUUUUUAAUUAGAUUUUUAUUUUUAAAGAGACCAAGAACUAUAAUGUUUUAUAUUUUGUAUAAGAGCCUAAUGAAUUUGCAAAUAGUACUACUGGAGAUUAACAGUAUUAGGAGGGUUUAUUUCGAUUACCCUUCCAAACACAAUUGGUGCACAAUUUACAAUCUUCAGAAGUCUCAAGGCUUCAGUUUUAACAGAGGUUUAUUGACGUUCAGGCCUGUCAGAUAUCAAAGACUUCCGGGAGCAAAGCACUCCAGAAACUGUAUAGAAUAGCUUUAAAAGUAUUAUUUAUUGAGGGACAUGAUGCUUUGUAUGACCCUUUUUACCCCCAACAGUCAAAUAUUGUAUGUCUAUUUCUUGAAAUAAUUUGUUUUGAGACAUAUUAGUUAUGAUUUAUUGUAAAUGAUUUUCUUUAUUUCAAGGACAAAGCAGAAUAAAGUGAAGCAAAAUUGAA